GUUGGACACUUACAGUCCCAGGUUGGACACUUACAGUCCCAGGUUGGACACUUACAGUCCCAGGUUGGACACUUGCAGUCCCAGGUUGGACACUUACAGUCCCAGGUUGGACACUUGCAGUCCCAGGUUGGACACUUACAGUCCCAGACUGAACAUUUGCAGUCCCAGGUUGGACACUUACAGUCCCAGGUUGGACACUUGCAGUCCCAG